AUGUCUACCGGCAAGGUGUCGCCGGACACGCGCCACGCCAGCAUGCGAGCGCCAAAGGUGGGCCACAAGAAAUCCAGAAAGGGCUGCCAGACGUGCAAAACACGUCGCGUCAAGUGUGACGAGGCAACGCCAGAAUGUGGGAUUUGCAUUCGUCUCGGCCUGACCUGCGCAUAUGUCAAUGUAGAGCCUGCGCGCUCACGAACCAAGUCCAGGAGUAUGGAAGCCAGCACUCAGCCGUCCAGGUCAUCUCCGGGAAAGUCAAUAGCACACGAGAGCCCGCCCAUGGGAAAUGGAGACAUUGCAGUUUCCACACCGCAGCAACAUAUAGUGCACAUUCAGGAGUCCGCGUUGGAAGAAGCCGAGCAGAGACGGCAGAUGGAAUUACGUUUGUUACAUCACUGGAUAGUGAAUGUGGCGCGACCCUUUGGCAUGACCUCCCCUCCUAGCUGGAAGGAGUUAUGGUGGGGAGAGGUGCCCGAAGUCGCGCUCGAGAACAAGAAUGUUCUCUAUGCCAUGUUUGCUAUGACUGCAACUCAUCUUCUUGGAAGACGCCCAAACGACGGUGCUUUAUAUCAAGCGCGCGAGAACUACUGGGUCUGGGCGUUGCAAGRGCAGGGAGCAGCUGUGGCUGUUCUGGGACACUCAAACACCGACGCCGUGGCAUUUGCCGCACUAUUGAUCUCUAUGAACGCACUCGCCAUGCUCCAGGAGCGGAACCUGGAACCUUACACUYCUCCAAUGGAAUGGUUAGAAGUCGGCCGAGGCGCAUUUACCGUGCUUCCUCCACCCGAGAGCGUUCGUGAAGGGACGGGUCUUAAGGUGCUUAUGGAAACGACGGCACCCAUCUGGCAGGCAGAGCCUGUGUUUGAUGCGGAAAUGCAACGGGAGUUUGGUGCGGUCUUGAAUCGGGACAUUCCGUCCACGGAUGUGUGGGACGCGGAGACUACCGAGUCGUAUGAGACUGCUUUGAGCUACAUCGGCUCAUUUCGCCGUGCUAUACUUGCUGGAGAGGCCGCCGACAUCAAUCUGCGAUGGAUUUGCAUGUUUCCGUUCAUGGUUCCAAGGCAAUUCAUCGACUUUGUUGGCGAGGGAAGGCCAAGAGCAUUGGUAACGCUGGCCUACUUCUUCGCUGUGAUUGCGCAUACAGACGCUCUCCAAUAUCUUGGCAACAUCGGAGAUCGAACCACUGCCAGACGCGAGAUCAUCGCUAUCAGGGCUAUGCUCCCUGAUGAAUGGCAAAGCCUCAUGGCAUGGCCCUUGAAUGAGAUUGGAGGUGGCUGA